AAAACGUAAUAUUUCCACGCAUUCCAUCACAAAAUCCAGCUUUUCUGAACUUUCUCUGCCAUAGACAUUCAGCUCGAUUGCAUGCAUUUAUAUUAACAGUUUGGUCACCUGUUGUCAGAUUUUUGAUCACAUUUAGCACGCAGUCAUUUGCCAAGAUUUCGCCUUGAUUACAGAACAAUGUACAGAGAGAUUGCUUUGACCAUUUUGUUGCUGAAUAGCAUUUUAAGCGUUCAAUCACUAACAGCGAAAAUGUUGACUGGCUACGACAGUGAAAUAAGACCUAAUCAAAGCGGAUUACCAGUUGAAGUUGCCGUCAGUAUCUUCGUCUCGUCUUUUGCUAACAUCGAGGAGACAAGCAUGGAAUAUAGUGUUUUCAUGUAUUUCCGACAACACUGGAAGGACGAACGGCUUACUGGAAAAGUCAACAAAACUGUAACUCUUAAAGGAUCCGCCAUUAAAAGAGUCUGGACACCAGACCCCUUCUGUCAUAAUGGUCGACAAUCAAAUCUUGGUGAUCUGGACGAGGAAAUUCGAAGCUUGUUGUUCUUGGAUCCUGAUGGUCAAAUAACCUAUAGCCGAUUGGCGUCAGUUACAGCUGAGUGCCUGAUGGACUUACAAACUUUCCCUGCRGAUAAGCAGAAUUGUUCACUGAUCUUCGGAAGCUACAGCUAUUCCACAGCUGAUGUCGUCUAUAAGUGGAAGGAAGGGGACGCAGUAACAGUCGGAAUAAAGACCUUACCGCAAUUCCAGUUGACAACSGUYACCACAGACGAUGAAAUCAUGUCCUUCACCAUAGGUAAUUACUCCACGAUUUCUGUUGAAUUUACCUUCCAACGUCGUCUUGGAUACUUCCUCAUUCAAAUCUACGCACCUGAUAUCUUCAUUGUCAUGCUAAGUUGGAUCGUAUUCUGGAUGGAUUCACGUGAUAUUGGCAAUCGUAUGGCRUUGGGUAUCACGACAAUCCUGACCAUCAUGUUUCUGAUGGGAUCCAUCAAUGAGUCCAUGCCUAAAGUCAGCUACCCCAAGGCUCUKGAUUGGUACCUGAUCGUAUCGUUUGUGUUCAUAUUUUGUUCUUUAGUGGAAUGCAUGAUCGUUUUCAAGUUAAGUGAUACACCAUUAGGUAAAGACAUGCCUGCAGGAAGUGAAUUGGAGUAUGCAGACAAACAGAACGAAAACAAAUUCGUUGGAUACUGGAUUGACUUCGUUUCUCGGAUUCUUUUUCCGCUGUUGUUUAUAACCUAUAACGUUUACUACUGGUUAAUUUAUAUUGUACUUUAGAAAUGUUCUCAAGUCGGCUAAGGACCGGUUCACACUGUGACAUAAGCAGAAGCAGAAGAAUUGUAUUUUGUAUGUGUGAACCGGGUAAAACAGAAGYAGAGACAGAAGCAGAUGAAAAUGAAAASUUUUUCAUUUUCUUCUGCUUGUGUUUCUGCUUAUGUUGAAAGAUUAUGAGUGUGAACCGGGAUAUCAUAAGCAGAAGAAUAUGCUUCUGUCAAKUGUGAACAAGCUUAUGCUUCGGAUUCUGCUUAUGUCGUAGUGUGAAGCGGUCCUUAGCAAGUACGUCAACUCAAGUGCGGACUGAAUAGCAUUCUUCACAAUUCCCUUCGCCAUCUUGAAAGGUAGCCGUGCCUUUGCAUUGAAGUGAGAACAGUUGAGCGUGCAAUGAUAGAAACCUUCUUUCGAAYCUACAGAUAAUUAUUCAGGUGUAUCUAUCAUUGUACCCUAACGUUCAUCUCUAACUUCGAUGGAACCGUGAAGGAGACUAUUGUCUGUACAUGUUACACAAGUGACCAGUUCGCAUCGCGUGCCUGUACUUUUGCAAUAAAUUUUUUUUUCAUAUAUUUUUGUAUUCACAAAUCACAGAUCCAUCUUAUAAGAUAAUAAUAAUAAAGAAGAAGCUGCU